AUGACAUCAGUGUUCAACACCGAUGCUUCACUGCCGUGCAACCAUGACUUAUUUGGAAGCCUUAUUGUAAAGAUAAGAAUAAAGGUGGACGGGGAAGGGACUUACCUAACCGCAAGGCAGUGGUGUUUGGCGGGAAAUGCAAAUGCAUUACCAUUUCUACGGAACAAGUUGCCACAUGUUCCAACCCGCAACAUGGAGGGCCAGGAGACUGUGUUCGUCAGACCUCUAACUAUUGACCAACCUGGUAUGAGAGACUAUGAGUGCCGCGAGACACUCUCCAGUAUAGUUCAAUGGAUCGCCGAGGUGCGCAAACCGUCACACCACGGUAAGGUCCAGUCUCUUCGUGACGGGAUACAAAGCAUAGCCGCUAUAGCUUUUGUUGCUGGACACAUUGUUCGAUGGAAGUCCCCGUUGUUCCUCGUUACUGAUUCACCAACCCCAACCUACACGAGCUAUGGUUCUGAGAUUGGCCAAGUGAACGCGAAUUUGCUGACCGGAAGGUCCGCGGUUCGAACCCGGCCUCUGCCUCUCCACUUCCCCUGUCUAGGCUUGGGCAACCUGGUAGUGUCCCAGCCCUCGUGCCUCCUACGUGUGGCAUGGCAGCUAGGCACCGAAAGGGUGCUACAGCUGAAUGAUUUAUUUAUUUAUAUUUAUGGUUCUGAGACAACGGUUGUCGAAUUUUGGACUGUUUCAGUUCCGCUGCUCAAACAGGCUAAGUCUCAAAACCAUACGACAAAACAGGAUGCACCGUAG